AUGCACGAGCAACCGCUCCACCACACUUCUGAGAAUUGCACUCUCUUCUCAGAACCGCCCAACUACCGGAAGGGACACUGUGUUUCUAGGGAUAUUUAGUUCAUGAGUGAUAGCUAUCAACAUAAUUCCCCUAUCGUCAAGGCUCCCAGACGAGACUGGUUGCUGGGUUGCCACUAGCGGCUGAACCCCGGAGACAGACACCUGAAUUUGGCGAGUACCGUUGGGUUCUUAAGAGAGUAGCGGUAAGGUAGACUAUCGGUGAAGGGUGGUCUCUUAAUUAUUGAUUGUUCUCCAUUGGUUUUACGGGUCGGGAAUGGCUAAAGUAAUGGCGGUUCCAUUGCCCUCAAAGGACAAGUUCGGGGGUGGGAGUCAUCAGGAGAACCGUGAGGCUCUAUUUAUCGCCUUGCCCCUCGGCGCGGUAUUACUUCUUGCUAACUGGGGGAUCAGGCGAACGUAUCGCAAACCCAAAUCAACCGCCAAAGCGCAAGUUAUCCAAGACCAGGUGGCUUUCAAUCCUGCUUUUAUUAGCGGUGUACUCCGUCUGGUUAGCUAUAAACUACUUUCAUCACCGCGAUCCACAAAUACAACGCGGAGGCAGGCUCCCGGGAAACCACCACGAGGGCAGCGCCUGUCCCCAUUGUAACCAAAACGGGGGCUUCCCGUUCGAACCCUGCUCGAGGAAAGCCCCCGCUCCUCCCGAUUGCCCAUCCGUUUCCGGGCGCUCGAACCUGACGUUGGCCGGGCAGGAGGCCAUCAUAACCGAGUCCAUCAGCAAUGCCACCAUCGCCCAAUGGUCAUACUACUAUACGCACGGUAAUCACCUCGCGGGGACGAAUAAGUCCAUGGCGGAGUGGACGCGGGAUAAAUGGAUCGAGAAUGGGAUUCCGUCACAUUUGGUGGAGUAUGAAGUUUACCUGAAUUACCCACUUUCUCACUCGCUGAGCUUGACAAUUGAUGGUGGGGAGAGGUUUGUGGCGGGAUUGGAGGAGGAUGUUCUCCCGGAGGAUCCGACGACUGGUGCGUCGGAUAGGGUUCCAACUUUCCAUGGGCACUCGAAGAGCGGGAGCGCCCAGGCGGAGUAUAUUUAUGUGGGGUGGGUGCUCCUCUUAUACACAUCAUACUCGAAAGCAACUAAACAAUUGGGUGGCAGAAUGGGUGCAAAGAAGGAUUACCAGAGGUUGGUUGACCUCGGGGUCGAUCUGAAAGGGAAGAUCGCACUGGCAAAGUAUGGUGGAGCCUUCAGAGCCCUUAAGGUCAAGUAUGCCCAGGAACGGGGAAUGACAGGAGUACUCAUUUACUCUGACCCCGGGGACGACGGAGAGAUCACAAAGGCAAACGGAUAUGCCGCAUAUCCCGCUGGCCCCGCAAGGAAUCCGUCUUCGGUGCAGCGUGGGUCUGUAGGUUUUCUGACAACUAUGGCGGGGGAUCCGGUCAGUAGCAUAACUAUCCACCCUCACCAAUGUGCAAUAUUAAAAAUGAACAGACAACUCCGGGAUACCCUUCUAAACCCGGUGUCAAAAGGGAAGACCCAUCCGAGUUCAUCCCCUCAAUACCGUCAUUGCCACUGUCAUUUAGGGAUGCCCUCCCACUCCUUCGAGCUCUUGACGGCUACGGGUUGACUGCAGAGGAGGUGGGCAGACAUCGCUGGACAGGAGGUCUCAAUGUUUCUUACUCCGUCGGCCCAAGACCUGGAGCUAUUAUUAGCUUUGAGAACAUAGUAGAUUAUACUUACACCCCUAUAUGGAACGCUAUCGGCAUUAUUAAUGGCACCAUCGAGGAUGAGGUUGUCGUUAUUGGGAAUCAUAGAGAUGCUUGGAUUGUUGGUAUGUUACAACCCUUCCCCUCAAUGCCCGGCUAUGAUACUCACCUAUCUAGGCGGAGCCUCGGAUCCCGGUUCUGGAACAGCAGUGUUGGUGGAGCUGUCCAAGGCGUUUGGCGAACUCUUGAAACUAGGAUGGAAGCCCAAGCGUACUAUGUAAGUUUCCUCUCACCCUAUCUCACGGGGCACUGGCUAAGUGAAAUAGCGUGAUGGCGUCGUGGGACAGCGAAGAAUCCGGAUUGAUUGGGUCAACAGAAUGGGUUGAAGAAUUCGUGACAUGGGCUACACCGAAUGUGGUCGCCUAUGUCAAUCUUGAUAUUGCUGUUUCGGGACCGCAUUUUUCUCUUACAGCCGUGCCCGAGCUCUGGGAUUUGGUCGAGGACACAAUCAAAGAAGUCCCGUCUCCGAAGGUUCCAGGAAAAUCUGUCUAUGACGAAUGGAUUACAAAAGGCGGUAAAGCCAGAGGUACCUGAUCCUUUGGACAAAGGAUAUACAGAUAAUGUCUAACAUCAUCUCAAGUCCCUGGCACAGGCAGUGAUUACACGGCCUUCGUCCAUGAAUCCGGGAUUGCUGUCGUGAGCACUCUCCUCCUUUCCACCAUCUUUUCCCUUUAAAAAGUCCUCACUAAAGUGACCCAGAUCGAUUUCGGCUUUGGAAGUGGCCCCAAGGAUCCGGUGUACCACUACCACUCCAACUACGAUAGCUACACCUGGAUGGCCACGUGGGGUGACCCGUACUUCACCCACCACUCUGCGAUGGCGCAAAUCGCCGGCAAGACCGUCUUGCGACUCUCCGAGAACACCCUUCUUCCCUACAACGUCACUACCUUCUACACAGCCCUACAGUCCAUGUUCUCAGACCUAAAAGGCGAGAUUGCGGCCGCAGGGAUGACGCUCGAUUUGUCAUCACUGGAAGCAGCAAUUAGUAGGUUUUCGGUUGCCGCCGGGGACCUCAUGGCGAUCAAGGAAGCAUUGGAGCCAGGCGAGUGGGGUGGUACGCAGGAGGCGAUUGUGAACGAGAGGUUAGGGAAGUUUGAAAGGGGGUUUAUUGGCGACGGGUUGCCUGGGAGGGUGUUUUAUAAACAUUGUAGGGUUUCCCUUCCCUUCCUUUUUUGAGAGGGGGUUAGUUGGAGCGGCCAACUGAUAGGGUAACAGUGAUUUAUGCCCCCGGGGUGGAAACGGGGUAUGCGCCGACUACCCUCCCAGGAAUCACGGAAGCGGUUAGAGUGGGUGAUGUGAAAGAGGCGAAGAAGUAUGUGGGAAUUACAGCAGCAGCGAUCGAUGAGGUUGCGAAGUCCCUGGGGGGAUGAGCUUUGUUCCAGAGUGACGAUAGGGGUGUAACUUUUCCUUUUGUUAAUGGCGGGAAUGUGCGGUGUGAGUCCCUAUCGGCCUUGUAGGAAUGACCGUAGUCAUAAUUUCUCACUGGUGCCGUUCCGAAUUCUGGGUGUUGGAAUAUGUGGCUUCUCAAGAUCCGGUUACCUGUGGCUGACAUCAUCAUACACCUUUGGUAUACAGAAGCCGAUAUGACCACCUCAUUACUACCAUAGUUGUGUAGUGUGACUGCUAUGUACUUGUAGUAUAUUAGGCCUCCACUUGGGCAGGAAGUAGAAGGAUGGUUGAGCAAUCGAAUCAAGACUUUUUACAAC